ACGAGAUUAUCCGGUUACAGAAGCGUCUUCUAAUUCUCUUGCUCAAUACAGGACUAGUAGAUAACUACUCUAUAUGCAUGCAACCCAACCCAGAUCAUCUUUUUGGAUUUUCUCUAAUGGGUAUGACUCAAAAUUUAAUCUUACGCAUUACAUUUGACUCCUUGUGUUCUUGUUAGAUAUAUAUGAGAAAAAGAGAAGGAAGAGACAUACAGGAGGUUUUAUUUUUUUGUCUUGGUGUUUCCUUGUGGAGUUUGAUGUUAAAAAGCUACUUGUUCUAGUUUUCAUUUGCAUUUGGUUUUGCUAUUUAUAGAUACUUCUCUUUAUUUGGUACAAUGCUCUUGAUAAAGAUAUAUGAUUCUUGCUUAAAGUUAAAGAACAUUAAUUUUGGGAAGCGAGUUAUUAUUUUUAAUCAUUUGUUGAUCAUUAAGGGGGUAUCUGUUAUGGGAAUCAGCAAUUUUCGAUAUCUGGUUGCUGAAAACUACCUGUUGGGGAGUGUUUAUAGUUUGCCUACUUUGGAACUAAUAUCGAUUUGCUUUAACUUGAUUUUGUGUGUUGUAUUUCUCCUUAGUAGGCAGAUAUCUGUGUACAUUAAUAGGAUUCGAAUUAAUAAAGAGGAUACUGAUGAAAUUUCGGGUCCGACAAGAAGGAAUGUUGAUGCUGAAAUUCAAAGUGUUGAAAUUGGUAAGUGGUACAAAGCUUCAGCAUUUUGUUGCUUCUAUAUUUUGGUUGUGCAAGUUUUGUUGAUAGGCUUUGAUUGUGUGAAAUUAAUAAGGGGGUCUUCCGGUGGGAGGGGUUCGGAUUGGAUCCUGUUGCUGUUUCCUGCAGUACAGGGUUUAGCUUGGUUUGGGCAAAGCUUUUGGGUACUGUAUUGUAAGAUUAAGCCCACUGAGAAGUUACCAUUGCUGUUGAGGGUAUGGUGGGCUGUGUCCUUCGCUUUUUGUUCGUGCACUAUUUAUGCUGAUGGGAAAGCAUUAGUGACUGAAGGGGCAAAGCACUGGAAUUCUCAUGUUUUAUCAAAUUUUGCCACAACCCCUGCGAUUUCUUUCCUCAGUAUUGUUGCGGCUAGGGGUGUUAGUGGUAUAAAAAUAAGUAGAGCCUCUGAUCUUCAAGAACCACUGCUUGAAGAAGAAGAGGAUGCGGGAUGUCUUAAGGUCACUCCUUAUAAGGAUGCUGGUAUUUUUAGCUUGAUCACAAUUUCAUGGCUGAAUCCAAUUCUUUCAUUGGGUGCAAAAAGACCCCUUGAGUUGCGUGACAUCCCACUUCUUGCACCAAAAGACCGCUCCAAGACCAAUUAUAAAAUUUUGAAUUCGAACUGGGAGAAGUUAAAGGCUACAAAUCCAUCAAACCAGCCAUCUUUGGCUUGGGCUAUCCUGAAAUCGUUCUGGAAAGAGGCAGCCUGUAAUGGAAUUUUCGCAGGGGUUGCUACUAUUGUUUCAUAUGUAGGUCCAUACAUGAUUAGCGACUUUGUCGAUUACUUGGGAGGAAUAGAAACUUAUCCUCAUGAGGGGUAUAUUCUUGCCGGAACGUUUUUCAUAGCUAAGCUGCUGGAGACUUUAAUAACCCGUCAGUGGUAUAUUGGGGUUGACAUUUUGGGUAUGCAUGUGAAAUCUGCUCUAACAGCAAUGGUUUACCGAAAGGGGCUCAGAAUCUCUAGCUUAGCCAAACAAAGUCAUUCUAGUGGUGAGAUUGUUAACUACAUGGCAGUUGAUGUUCAAAGAGUAGGAGACUAUUGUUGGUAUCUGCAUGACAUAUGGAUGCUUCCAUUGCAGAUCAUACUUGCUCUUUGUAUUUUGUAUAAAAAUGUUGGCCUUGCUUCUAUUGCAACAUUGAUAUCCACCAUUAUCUCCAUAGUUGCAACUAUUCCUUUGGCCAGGAUACAGGAAGAUUACCAAGACAAACUAAUGGCUUCCAAAGAUGAGAGAAUGAGAAAGACAUCUGAAUGUCUCAGAAACAUGAGGAUCCUGAAGCUGCAAGCGUGGGAGGAUAGGUACCGUCUUAUGCUAGAGGAAAUGCGUAAUGUUGAGUUUAAAUGGCUGCGUAAAGCUCUAUAUUCGCAAGCAUUUAUUACAUUCAUUUUCUGGAGCUCCCCAAUCUUUGUUUCGGCUGUCACUUUUGCAACAUCGAUAUUGUUGGGGGGUGAGCUUACAGCAGGGAGGGUGCUAUCUGCUCUGGCUACCUUCAGGAUUCUACAGGAACCUUUAAGAAAUUUCCCUGACUUGGUGUCCAUGAUGGCUCAGACUAAAGUGUCUCUUGAUCGUCUUAGUGGCUUUCUGCUGGAAGAAGAACUGCAAGAAGAUGCUACUGUAUCUCUACCACGAGGAUUCACUGAUGUGGCAGUAGAAAUAAUAGAUGGCGAGUUCUGCUGGGACCCUUCCUCCUCUUCAUCUUCAAGGCCAACAUUGUCAGAUAUACAUUUGAAGGUGGAGAAGGGGAUGCGUGUGGCUGUCUGUGGUAUGGUUGGUUCUGGGAAAUCCAGUUUCCUUUCUUGUAUUCUUGGUGAGAUUCCUAAAACCUCUGGUGAAGUUAGAAUAUGUGGAUCUUCUGCCUACGUCUCUCAGUCAGCUUGGAUACAAUCUGGAAAUAUAGAAGAAAAUAUUCUCUUCGGUAGCCCAAUGGAUAAGGCAAAAUAUAAGAGCGUAAUAAAUGCUUGUUCACUAAAAAAGGAUUUGGAACUUUUUUCACAUGGAGAUCAGACAAUUAUUGGUGACCGAGGCAUAAAUUUAAGUGGAGGGCAGAAGCAACGUAUGCAACUUGCAAGGGCACUGUAUCAGGACGCAGACAUUUAUUUACUUGAUGAUCCUUUCAGUGCCGUUGAUGCACACACAGGUUCAGAAUUGUUUAAGGAAUACAUAAUGUCAGCGUUGGCUACUAAGACUGUUAUUUUUGUGACCCAUCAAGUUGAAUUUUUACAAGCCACUGACUUAAUUCUGGUUAUAAAGGAAGGUCGCAUCACUCAAGCUGGAAAGUAUGAUGAACUUCUGCAAGCAGGAACAGAUUUUGAUGCUCUGGUUUCAGCUCAUCAUGAAGCAAUCGAAGCCUUAGAUAUCCCCGUUCAGUCAUCUGCAGAUUCCAGUGAAUUUCAUAGUCUUGACGAAGAGAUCCAGCUGAGUGAUAAAUGUGAAUCAAUUAUAGGUAAUGCGCAGAUUUCAGCGAAGGAAGUACAGGAGAUUGGAACAUCCUCAGAUCAAAAGCUAAUCAAAGAAAAAAAGAAAGCAAAGCGUUCAAGGAAAAAGCAGCUUGUUCAAGAAGAGGAAAGGGAGAGAGGCCGAAUUAGCAUGAGAGUGUACUUGUCAUAUAUGACUGCAGCAUAUAAGGGCUUAUUGAUUCCUCUGAUCAUUCUAGCUCAAACAUUAUUUCAGGUUCUUCAAAUAGCUAGUAAUUGGUGGAUGGCUUGGGCAAACCCCCAAACGGCAGGUGGCCAACCUAAAACAAGUAAUAUUGUCCUUAUAGUCGUCUAUAUGGCCCUUGCUUUUGGGAGUUCUUGUUUUAUAUUUGCUAGGGCUGUACUAGUGGCUACAUUUGGUCUAGCAGCUGGGCAAAAAUUGUUCCUAAAAAUGCUUACUAAUGUGUUUCGUGCACCAAUGUCUUUCUUUGACUCCACCCCAGCUGGACGGAUCUUAAAUCGCGUAUCAGUUGACCAAAGUGUUGUUGACCUCGAUAUUCCCUUUAGACUUGGUGGUUUUGCAUCAACAACAAUCCAGCUCCUUGGUAUUGUUGGUGUAAUGACUCAAGUCACUUGGCAGGUUGUGCUUCUUGUCAUUCCAAUGGCAAUUGCUUGUUUGUGGAUGCAGAAAUACUACAUGGCGUCUUCAAGAGAAUUGGUUCGCAUUGUUAGCAUCCAAAAAUCACCAAUCAUCCAUCUUUUUUCUGAAUCGAUUUCUGGAGCAGCAACGAUAAGAGGAUUUGGGCAAGAAAAGCGAUUCAUGAAAAGGAACCUAUAUCUUCUUGAUUGUUUUGCUCGCCCGUUCUUUUGCAGUCUUGCAGCUAUCGAGUGGCUCUGUCUGCGGAUGGAGUUAUUAUCAACAUUCGUAUUCGCUUUCUGUAUGAUAUUACUUGUGAGCUUCCCUCAUGGGAGUAUUGAUCCAAGCAUGGCAGGCCUUGCUGUGACAUAUGGCCUCAAUCUAAAUGCACGGCUAUCACGGUGGAUUCUUAGUUUUUGCAAGCUUGAAAAUAAAAUAAUUUCCAUAGAAAGAAUUCAUCAGUACUGCCACAUCCCCAGUGAAGCUCCACAAGUUAUUGAGGAUUCUCAACCUCCACCUUCAUGGCCAGAGGAAGGAACAAUUGAAUUGAAUGACUUGAAGGUUCGAUACAAGGAGAAUCUUCCACUGGUGCUCCAUGGUGUAAGCUGCACAUUUCCUGGAAGAAUGAAGAUUGGAAUUGUUGGACGUACUGGAAGUGGUAAAUCAACUUUGAUUCAGGCACUCUUUCGAAUGAUUGAACCUGAAGGUGGCAGAAUCGUUAUAGAUGAUAUCGAUAUAUCAAGAAUUGGUCUCCAUGAUCUUCGCAGCCGUCUGUGCAUAAUACCUCAGGACCCAACAUUAUUUGAAGGGACCAUUAGAGGCAACCUCGAUCCUCUAGAAAAACAUACUGACUCGGAAAUUUGGCAGGCACUUGAUAAAUCUCAGCUUGGAGAGAUUGUUCGGCUUAAAGAGCAGAAGCUUGAAUCACCAGUUCUUGAAAACGGAGAUAAUUGGAGCGUAGGACAGCGUCAGCUUGUUUCCUUGGGUCGAGCCUUGCUCAAACAGGCUAGAAUCCUGGUGCUUGAUGAAGCAACAGCCUCAGUUGAUUCAGCAACAGAUAAUCUUAUCCAGAAGAUUAUCAGGACAGAGUUUAGGGAUAGCACAGUUUGUACCAUCGCUCAUCGUAUCCCUACUGUUAUUGACAGUGAUUUGGUACUGGUGCUCAGUGAUGGCCGGGUUGCAGAGUUUGAUACUCCAGCACAACUAUUAGACGACAAGUCUUCCAUGUUUUUCAAGUUGGUAACUGAGUACUCAACAAGAUCCAGCGGAAUUCCAGAUUUUUGACAUAAGAGGCCAAUGCUGAGGACUAUCUGGAAAAUAGGUUCAAAAUGAGAAGGAUAUAGGUGCGCGGCACAUGAUUGCCCGAGUAAUUUUAUAUUGUACAAGAGGCUUUCACUUUGUUAAUGUAGGUUUUUUUUAUCACAAGGGACUUUGUCCUAUGCUGCAUACAUUGUAGAUAAUUGAUUCCGGUGGAUGAAGGUCAUAAGAAACACAAGACAAAGUAUGAAUCAGUUUGUAUGUAUGUUACGAAAUAAAUCAGGUCUUUGUAGUGAUUAUGUACGGGGAAUUUUAGCAACUUUGUUAUGCUGUAGGCAAGCAGAUGAUUCUGCAUAACUACAUGGUGUGUGCCUUUUACUGCUGAAAUUUCUUACAAGGUCUUUCUUUCA